AUGAGUAAAGGAGAAGAAGGACAACUUUGUCAAUAUGAAUAUCAUACAGCAGAUAUUAGAUUCGUAACUAUAAACAAAAGAACUCUCUAUAGAGUGAUAACGACUAACAAAUAUUUCUAUCAUCUAAAAAGCAUACAUGUAGGGGGAAGCACAAUCAAUGAGGCAUUUGAACAACAAGCAUUGGCAAUGAUGAAUUAUAUGGUAGAAUUGUCAAGUGUAGAUAUGAUAGCUGACAAGGAUGACAUCAAAGAAAUGACAAUCACUGCAAAAGGACAUGAUAUGGAUAGUCUAUUGUUUGCAUUUAUGGACGAAUAUUUGUUUACAUUUAGUACUGAAUUUAUUGUAUUUAAAGAGAUUCACAUUGAAUCAUUUGAUAGAGAUGGUUUUACCAUUGUUUCUACUGGACGAGGAGUUGAACUUGACAAAUCAAAACAUACUACAGGUACAGAGAUCAAGGCAAUAACAUAUUCGUGUAUGGAAAUCAAAGAGACAAAAGAUCAAACUGAUAUCUUUGUUAUUGUUGAUAUUUAA